AUGAUCGAAUUUAUGUUCUGUAUCCCUUACGCUUCCAUCAAUAUAGCAUCUAGAAGUUUAAGAAAUAUUUUAAGUACAACAAGAUAUCAUCCAGAAUCCACUAAAUCCAAAUCAACCAAAGUUUAUUCCAAAAGAAAUACGUUUUCCGAGAAAUUUAGAAAUUCGAAAAUAAUGUCGACGGAUGGAGAUGAAGUUUUCAAAAAAUUUGAUAUUGAGAAGGAUGGAAAUUGUUUAUUUCGUUCAGUAAGUCUUUUUCUCAAUAAAACUCAAGAAAAACAUAAAAUUUUAAGAAAUGAGAGUUCGAAAUUUAUCUUUGACAACUGGGACCAUUUCAAAAUUUUUACCUGCAAAGAAAAUUCUCAAAGCGAUGAUGUAGUAUAUCCUUCUAAGGAAGAAUAUUACCUCAACAUGAGCAAAGACGGAGUAUAUGGAACAUCAGCAGAAUGUCUUGCCUUAUCUGAAAUACAUAGUUUAAAUUUCUACAUUUAUACCCAAUCGCAAAAACCGCAGAGAACCAAAGGUCAGGCUGGACGGAGCAGCCCUUUUGCCGACGGGGGUAGUCAGCUUGAUAAGGUGUCAUCAAAUCAAAAUAAAGACCCUACCAUAGACUACUCUUUUGAUGAGGACCCUCCAAUGCUGGAGAGAAAAGAGGAAGAUGAGGCACUUGAUAGGAUAAUAAACCCUAUAACUGAACCUCUAAGAGAGUUUGUUGAGAAAACGGUUGGCAGAAAAGUCCAAGUUAAACAUGAAAAAGUUAAGCUCGAAGCUCCUAAAACGUAUUUUGAAUCUGAACCGAAACUUCCUAGAAAUGUAGAGUUCCAACCAACAGAGAUUAUUGCUCAAACGAGUGAGAAUUUAAUAAGUGAUGAUGAUGAUGAUGAUGAUGAUGAUGGCGCUGAGGAUGUCUUUUAUGAACCCUUACAACAUUUGAAAGAAGAUCUGCAGAAAUCAAUUCACGAUAGAUCAGGAGCGUAUGAAGAAUUUUUAGAUCAGUAUCCCAAAGUAGCACAAGAGUAUGUAGAUAGAUACUAUAAACAAUCAGAUGAAAUAGACCAUUCUUAUGGCUUGAAACAUGAUAUGAAAACCGAUGAUUGGUCUAUGGGAUCACAAAAAGUCAACUUUCUCCCGAAUGGAGAUAUUAAAGUCGGGGCUGUAUCUUAUAAAGGAACGCAGGGCUUAUAUGAUCUUUUAUUUCUGAAAAAGCCGAUCUAUCAGACAGAGGAUGAUAAGUUGCAGUUUACGGAUAUUCUAAACAGGACCAAUGUUCAUCGAAGAGAUUUUGAUCCAUCCAAACAAGUUAAAGGGUCCACAUCUUCAAAAUAUAGACAGUUUGUUAAACCUUUGGUCUCAUCAUCAUCUGAAGCAAAAAGGCUUAAAUCAAGAAAAAAGUAUUUGGCUUUAAAGCUGGAGAGAAAAGAGGAAGAUGAGGCACUUGAUAGGAUAAUAAACCCUGUAACUGAACCUCUAAGAGAGGUUGUUGAGAAAACGGUUGGCAGAAAAGUCCAAGUUAAACAUGAAAAUGUUAAGCUUGAAGCUCCUAAAACGUAUUUUGAAUCUGAACCGAAACUUCCUAGAAAUGUAGUUCCAACCAGCAGAGAUUAUUGCUCAAACGAGUGA